AAUAGACUUUAUAAUGAAUUAUAAAGACAAUAAAGAGUUAUUUAUUUUGAGAUUUAUAUAUAUAUUCAGAUUUAUUUAUACUGAUCAUUAAACUGAAAAUAAUUUUAAUUGAUACCAUGUUAUGUGUUCGAUAUUUAUUUUAUAUAUUAUUUGUCUAUAAAGUAGUGAUCUCUCAACAUAAUAUUGCAGGCGUUUGUGUGAGACCAAAUAAUGAAAAUGGCGUCUGCCUUAAUAUUAAAAAUUGUCAGCCAUUGUUGCUCAUGCUCCUAAAUAAUAAAAAUAACAAUACAGCAAUUAAUUUUUUAAGAAAAUCUAUGUGUGGGUACGAAGGAAAAACUCCAAAAGUUUGCUGUGAAUUAGAAUCUAUAUUAUCAAAUGUCAAUAAUAAUAAAACAGACGACAAAAAUGAAGAAACGAAUACUAAAAAAUUUCUGUCUAUAACUGAAAAUGUUUCUAUGAACAAAUCUGAGAGCUAUUCAAAAUUACCAUCUACAAGCUCGUGUGGGCGUAUUACAUCUUCCCCCAAGUUCAGAAUCAUUGGAGGUCAUCCUGCUGAAUUAGGCAAUUGGCCGUGGAUCGCUGCUUUAGGGUACAAAACAAUUAAUGAAACAAAUAAUCGUAUUGAUUGGUUGUGUGGUGGUACUUUGAUCUCAGAUAGAUACGUUGUAACAGCUGCAUUGUGUGUGGUUAAAACUGGGGAAAAGGAAGUUUCUGUAGUACGUUUAGGAGAAUUGGAUUUGGAUCCCAAAAUUAAUGAUGGAGCUAGUCCAAUCGAUGUUAUCGUCGAGAAGAUUUUGAUUCAUGAAAAUUAUAAUUCGAGAAAACAAAUUAACGAUAUAGCACUUCUUAAGCUGAGCAAGGCAAUUUCUUUUAACAAUUUUAUUCAACCUGUUUGUUUACCAAUAAGUUCUGAAAUUCGAUCGAAUCAAUUUGAAAAUUAUAUUCCAAGUGUUGCUGGAUGGGGUGUUACGACUUAUCAUGGACCUUCAAGUACAAUGUUAAUGGAAGCGCCUGUACCUGUUCUCGACAAUGCUGAAUGUCGUCGUAUUUAUAAUUCUACAAAUGCUGUUAUCGACGAAAGAAUAUUAUGCGCUGGUUAUAAAACCGGGGGAGUAGAUACUUGUCAAGGAGAUUCGGGUGGACCUAUGGUGUCAGAAAUUGGAUCAAAUAAUUAUUUAAUUGGAGUUACAUCAUAUGGAUUUCUAUGCGCAGCACCUGAUAAACCUGCUGUAUAUUCAAGAAUAACAUACUUUGUUGAUUGGAUAGUUGAAAAAAUGAAUAAUAGUUAGAUUUCCAAUAAUAUUUAUAGUAUAUACAUUUUAUAUUUUUUACCAUACAAGUAUUAUUGUAAGCAAAAUUGAUAUUUCAAAAACUACUUAAUAAAUAUUAAUACGACGAAAAGCCAAUAAAUGUUACCUCAUAAAAUAUCUUAUAAAAAUACUAUUUACGUAUCUUUUAUACUAAUAAUUUACAAAAAUUAAACCAUUUGACUGUAUA